UUCCGGGGUGGGCGUGACACCAAAUAGCCUUAGCUUGCUAAAGCUAGAGGAAGAUCGAUCCACCGAAUUUGCAAGAAAACGACAUCAAAUCGACUGAGAAAUACGGAAAUAGACCACAAGACGCCGCAGGAGGUAUACCUGCAACCCUGAAGUCUCCCCAAUGGCGACUGACAUACUCAUGGACAUGAUGCGGCCUUCUCAGCCUGUUCUACCCUCACCCCCUGCUUCCCAAGAUCCGAUUCCCACUCAGGUCCCCGUGUUGGUAACAAAACCUGACACAGCAAUGACCUCGGAUCCCGGUCCCGUGCCGAUCGCCACACUGGUUCCGCCUCCAGGCCCGGAUGUGGCCAAUGGCCUUGUUCCCGGUUCCGAGCUGCCCCAGGCCGCUCUUCCGCCACCACCGUCACUGUCCUGCACGAAGAACCCCAACUGCAAGAUCAUGACCUUUCGUCCCACCAUGGAGGAAUUUAAAGACUUUGCCAAAUAUGUUGUCUACAUGGAGAGUCAAGGAGCUCAUCGUGCUGGCCUGGCCAAGGUGAUUCCACCGGAGGGGUGGAAGCCACGAAAAUGCUACGACACCAUCGAGGACAUGGUGAUCCCAGCUCCCAUCAUGCAAGUGGUGACUGGUCAGUCAGGCCUUUUUACGCAGUACAACAUCCAGAAGAAGUCCAUGACUGUGAGCGAGUACCGCAAGCUGGCCAACAGUAAAAAGUACUGCACACCUCGCCACAAAGACUUUGAUGACCUAGAGAGGAAGUACUGGAAGAACCUGACUUUUGUGUCGCCCAUUUAUGGCGCAGAUGUUAGUGGAUCUAUCUAUGAUGAGAACAUUCAAGAGUGGAACAUUGGCCAUCUGAACACACUGCUCGAUAUGGUGGAGCAGGAGUGUGGAAUCGUCAUCGAGGGUGUCAACACUCCCUAUCUGUAUUUCGGCAUGUGGAAGACCACCUUUGCCUGGCACACUGAGGACAUGGAUCUCUACAGCAUUAACUACCUGCAUUUCGGGCAGUCCAAGUCUUGGUAUGCUGUCCCGCCAGAGCAUGGCAAGAGGCUUGAGAGACUGGCACAAGGCUUCUUCCCAGGUAGUUCCCAAGGGUGUGAUGCUUUCCUUCGCCACAAGAUGACUUUGAUAUCACCAUCCAUCCUGAAGAAAUACGGCAUUCCCUUUGACAGGGUAACUCAGAAUGAAGGGGAAUUCAUGAUAACCUUUCCUUAUGGCUACCACGCCGGCUUCAAUCAUGGCUUCAACUGUGCAGAAUCCACAAACUUUGCCACGCUGCGCUGGGUGGACUACGGCAAAAUGGCUACUCAGUGUACCUGCCGUAAGGAUAUGGUGAAGAUUUCUAUGGAUGUUUUUGUGCGCUGCCUCCAGCCGGAUCGCUAUGACAUGUGGAAACAGGGAAAAGACAUCAUCAUGCUGGACCACUGUAAGAUCACCGAGCUUAGCAGCCCGGAACUGGAGCGCUGGAGACAGCAUCGUGUCACAUUCAGAGCCAACCUCUUGCGGAAGGCCAUGCAGAAAAUGAAACAGUUCCGCCGUCUGAAGUUGGAGGAGGUGAAGGUACUGGCGGAGGAGGGCAUUGAGUUGAAUGCUGUUGAAUACCAACGUCAAGUGGAGGAGCGAGAAGCCCAGCGCAGGCAAGAACGAGAGGAGCGUCUCGCCAGAGAGGCCAUGAUGACCCUUGAGGCCAUGCAGCUUAAAGAAAUGCAGGAUGCAGAAGCUGCUUCAAGAGCAGCUGCGACUUCAGCGCCACAGCAACUUGAGACUCAUCCACAAAACCUGAAUGACAACAUGUCAGAGGAUCCAGAAACUGAGAUGCAGACAAAACAUGACAUUCCCAUCAUGGGAUUUCAAGAAGUAUUUGAACAAUUUGCUGCAUCUGCCAUUAAGAAUUCAAAGUCCGCCUCGUCAAAUCCCACUGAGGAGAGUCCUGCAGUCCAAAAAGCAGUAGACAUCCCAGCAGACAACAAACUGGAAGCUAGCUACACCAAGCUGAAGAUGCCGACAGAAGUUAAGAAGAGUCGACGUCACCCCCUCACCAAGCCACCCAUUCGGUCUCCUUUGUCUGUGGUCAAGCAGGAUCCAAUGGGUGGUACAGAGCUUACCUCACCCGUGGCACUGGAAAGCAGCAUGAAGAAACAGGAGCACCUGUGGCAGAAUCGCUCUCCCAACUUCCUGGCUGAGAAGGCCUUCAAUGCUGCCGUGGCAGUACUCAAGCCAUACUGUGCAGUCUGCUCCCUCUUUUGUCCCUACACAAAGCCAACCCACGAACCCCUCAAUGCAAAUGAUUGCCAGCGGACGUUUGUCCCCCGUCACGGAAAUCGAACUCGUCCAAUCGUCCCAGAGAUGUGCUUUAGCGUUAGGGCCGGCAGCACUGAGCCUCCUCCCACGAGCCAUUACAUUGGAGAGGAUGGAACCAGUGUGUUGAUAUGUUGCUCCUCGUGCAACAUGCAAGUUCAUGCAAGUUGCUAUGGUGUCAAUCCGGACUCAGUCAAAGUACCAUGGACAUGCUCCAGAUGUGUGGCAGGUGCCUGGACGGUGGAGUGUUGUCUCUGCAACUUGCGGGGAGGAGCUUUGAAGAUUACGGUGGACCACAGGUGGGCCCAUAUUAUCUGCGCCAUUGCCGUGGCUGAAGUUCGCUUCAUCAACGCUAUUGCGAGGGAGCCAGUGGAUGUCAGUGCUGUUCCAGAAACGCGCAGAAAUCUGGUGUGUGUGUUCUGCCACGGCAAAAAUGUCAACCAGAACCGUGGUGCGUGCAUCCAGUGCUCCAACGAGAACUGCGCCACAUCUUUCCACGUUACCUGCGCCCAAAUUGCUGGCGUUGUCAUGACACCGGCCGACUGGCCCUACGUGGUGUCGGUCAUCUGCCACAGGCAUAAAAAGGUCAUUCCAAAGUCUCGGAUGCCUGUCAAAACUCCCCAUGGUCCGACUCUGGGUCAGAGGGUGAUUGGCCGCAACACCGAUGGCUGGUUUUACCAUUGUAACAUCAUCGGCAUGGCAACACAAACCUUCUACGAGGUCAACUUCUACGAUGGCUCAUACUGUGACAACCUACAUCCGGAAAACAUAAUUAGUCACGACUGCUUGCGCACCGGUCCUCCUGACACGGGGGAGUUGAUUGUGGUCCGAACUCAGGACGGUCAGGACCAAAAUGCUUACUUUGUCAAACAGCACAUCCACAAAGUCUACCAGGUUGAGUUUCAGGACAAGAGUCAGCAGUUGUUAAAGCAUUCAGAGAUUCAUCUGCUGGACCAGGAACUGCCCAAGAGGGUCCGGACUCGCCUUGCCAUCCCUAUGUCCCAGGAGGAUACUUCCUCAGCAGAUGGAGCUGGAGCGGCCAAACGUCGCUGCCUGCCCUCCACCUCUACCCCACGCGCCGAGGCCCCCAUGGAGACGACGCCCGCCCCACAGAAGACCACCCCAGUAGCAACACCAGCACCACUUAACAGUAUCAGCAAACUGCCAGCCUCACAACUUCUAAGCCACCUCAGUGUGACCGCAUCUGCACUCAGCGUCCCCACCAGUACGAUUCCGAUGCGCCCCGAUGCUCCAAUGGACACAAGCCGGGCCCUGCCUAACCCCCUGACAGACUCCAAGUUGGCCUCGGACCCCACGUUAACCCCACAGCCCAACCCUUUUCAUUGCCAGUUGAACUCCGAUCCCCUUCUGUCGGCGGUGUCCCCACCCGCACCCCCACCGCAACCCCCGCGGCACAUGUCUGACAGCUACACUCCGAGCAGCGGCUACGUCUCCUACAUGGAGACCCUCCUGCAUUCACAUUUCCCCCAGGACGAGGGCCCCGGAACCCUGUUUUAGUGCUCCACAACCUUUUUACCCAGCAUCAAUGGGAUGGACGCAAAUGGAGGGGAAUUGCGGUGAGUGCUGCAUUAAUGGACACAAACAUGUUGCACCAGCUCGGAAAGCUACAGUGCUCCAAAAAAGACACGAAAGCACUCUCUUAAUGCAUGUUACUUUUUUGAGUUGAUGAGAUUGCAGUGUAACUUCAGCACAGAGCUUUUUAAAUUGGUUUUGCUAUUAUUAUUGUUAGUUGUCGUUUGGUAUUUCUCAGCAGUUGCAUUUUGUUUUAUUUUGGUCAGCUGCUGUGCUUUUCUUUCCCAUCUUAAUAUAAGUAUCUCUGGGUGGUAUCAACUCUGUACCUCGUCGCAUUUAUUCUAUAACGGCACGUUUUUGGGGAGGGUAAAAGGAAGCUAAUUGUUAUUCUUGUCUCUUACUGUCCUGGUGUACAGGACUUUUUUUUUUUCUUCCAAAAAUCAAGCAACCAGCAACAAAUAACUAUUUUUUAGUCUCGCCGAGUGUGGCUUAAGUCACACACUGUCCGUCUAUCGGAGCAUUUUCUGUCAUGUGAUUUUUGUUGUUGUUGUUGUUGUUGUUGUUGCAAGAGGGGGGUUAAAUUGUAUUGUGGGUACACUCAGUAUUUAAAUGUCUUAGAUAUUUAAAGAAUUGUAAUAGAAGAAGCAUAUCCAAUGCAAACAUGUAGUCAGUGCGCACAGUGCAUCGCAGAUGUAUGACAGUAGUUGAUAAAAAAGGCCUCUUAUGUAUUGACAAUGGUCAUCGGGCGACUCCCACUUGCAAAACUUGUCUCAGGGUUCCUACAUCCCCAAAAUCACUAUACAGUAGUUGGAACUUUGAGGGCUUUGUACUGCUAAGGAUUGCUUGAGUCCUAAUUGGAGCAGGAAUUGUUUGUCCUCCGGUGAUGCAACGUAUUUCUCCUGUUAGCUCAAAAUGAUUACAAUUCUGAAUGAAGAUAUUGUACUUUCAUAUAAAGAUAGGAACCCGAAAGUAUGGGAUAUUGUUGAAAAUGCAAUGUAUAAAUCUAUGUUGUAUGUAUCCUUUUUCUAGUUCAUCAGUCCACAAACUUGGCCAUUUCAAAAAGUAAUAAUUUUUUACAGGUUUACCUCGGCUGAUCGUGCCGUUUGUAUUGAUUAUACAUUUGUUUUCUAUGGCCAUUUUGUGCUACAGAGAUCUUAAACUACUGAUGGACUCACCUUCUCCUUGUCACCUUGUACAUAGCACAGGUGUUGUGUAUUGUGAUUUGAAUAUGUAAAUGUCAAACAUGAAACCUUCACUUCUUUCCUCCUCCCCCUUCAUCACAACUGAGAUGUUGGAAAAAAGUGGUUUUGUGUCCAAAUAAUAACCAUAAAAAAAUUAUUUCAUAGGAAUUAAAGUGGCUUGCUAGUUGCCAGAUUUUGUCUCGUGUCAAUUCAAUAAUGUGACAUUUGAUGUAAGUUUUAUUCCGAAAUAGAUUACAUACUUUUCCCCUCAAAAUUCUACACCAUAAGACCCUAUAAAGACAACAGUAAAACGUUUUGUUUUUUUCGUGAUUA